GUAAAAGUGGAAAAAAGCGCCUCAAUGACACCGGAUGGACGAAGCAGGAUGUUGUAUAUCACUUUAGUUUUUUUUUCUUUUUUAAUAUUCCUCCAGGACGACAAAGGCUCCUCGUCACUUCUACGGGACUUCUCUUCUGACCUUGUGAACCUCCCUGAGGUAAAAUGACUGGAAACAAAAGUGGCCGUUCGGGAGAUGAAGUCGAACCCGUUGGCGUGGUACCCGCACAGGAAAUGACAUCAACGGGUCAAAAACUGAAAAUAUGUCGCCGGACGGACCGGUGGGAUGAGGCGGCCCCGGCCGCGAGGACGGAGAGGGGAUGCUUUACCUCAGUGGCUCACUGAACUGGCCCACGCAAGACAGGUAUCAAAUCUGGUGGAACUCCAGAAAAGCCUGCGCUUCAUCCCAGGCCACACCGGGGCACCUGGCUCCCCUCCCCGCUGCGGCAGGCCAGAUCAAUGGCAGGAGGCGUCCAAGCAGAAUGACCAAGGGUCGCCAUCAAAGGCCCCCUGCCCGCUGCCCGGCCACCUGGUGCUCAGUGCGGGUCAUGGAACACCCGGCCCACCCGGACCACCGCCACCUCCUCUCCCCUUCAGCAGGUUGAGUGAGACCAGGGGAGGCGUGGGGUCCGCCACGGCCCUGGCGCAGUCAGCCCACAUAGAGAGAGGGCCAGAGGUCAAGACCAUCCAUGCACUCAGCCUCAUCUGAUGAGGGGAUCUGGUCUGGUUUUAAUGAAGCGAUGCUGAUCCCACAUGCUUAGACAUGGGUGAGCAAGCAAUUAUUUCUUAUGCUUAUUACUUGUGUCACGUUCAAUAUAAUAAUGUGAUUUUCUUUUACAGAAGCUACAGGACGUUUUCAGGCCACCUAAUUUCCUCUGCGUUUGCAUCAUUUCAGAAUGGAUUCUCUGUAUUUCUUGUAUAUGUUGUGUAUUGAAUGUUGCUUUCAUUUUUGCAUAAUUGAAUGGUUAAGAAGAAAAUAAAGUCAUUCAGAGUGGACUGAUCUGAAAUGCUCUGUUUUAGUCAGAAUUGUUAACACAUAUGGUGAAAUGAGCCAGACAUCCAAAGCAUUUAAUAUCUCUAAAAACGACAACAUAGAAAGUUAUUACAUGAAAUAAUGAUAAUUAUGUUCUUCGAUGCCUAAAAAUGUUUUGAGAUAAGGUUAUGGCCUGAAACAUAUCUCUGUUGUUGGGAGAAAACCUUGUAUCUCCAAAAUGGUAACUUCACAGGGGAAGGGAGAAACCUGUAUUAUGUUAACGUAAGUCAGUGGAACCAGACAUCUUUCCAAGUCAUUUUGGGACAUUUCUAUUGGUCCAUGCAUCAUGGAAUUUGCAUACAAUGUAAAGGGUAACAGGCAUUUUCGAAUUAUGUCAUAAACUGAAAAAUGUCAAAAAUGGAGAUAAGAGGUUUUGUUCCGACAGCAUGUAGCUAUCCGCCAUCAAUGGAUUUUUAGAAAACAUGUUUCAGGACAAAACUUCAUCCCAAUACAAUGUCUCAGUUAUGCGAGGAUUUUAUAACCAUUUUGUGUAAUAACUUUCUGUGAGGUAAUUUUAUCUGCUUAUUAUAUGCGUGAGGCUCAAUGUAGUAAUGCGAUUUCAUUUUGCAGAAACUUUGGGAUCUUUUCAGGAUGGAUUCUCUGUAUUUCUGUAUGUUUUAUAUUGCUAUAUUUAUGCUGUUUUAUAUCUGCUUCAUGUUAAAGUCUACUUUUAUUAACUCUAUACAUUUUCCUGUAAUGCAAAAUGAAAUUACUCUUUACAAAAGAGAAAAUAAUCACCCAAAACCCCCCAAAUUUUCCAGCUUUUUCAUAUUCAUUUCAUUUGUAUUAAAUGGCCAAUUAUUACAGAAUAGCUAAUUUAGCCAUACAACAUAUCCCACAUUAAUACAGCAGUCCUGUUCUCCCAAAUGUUGGUCAUAUGGUGAAAGGAUAGGCAAUUAUUUUCAUGCAGCUGUCAAUACACUUAGCAGGCUAAUGCAGUCUAAUUAAACGUCAUUUCUUGGGCCACUAAUCAAAAUGAACAACUCCAAGGGAUUUCUCAUGUCUCUAUGAAACUCUUCAACUGCCCGAGCCCCCCAGUCUACGGCUUGAUCCCUCUAUGUCCCUUAGUCCUGUGAAGAGGGAUGAAAGGGGGAUGCAAUGAGUGAGUGAAAGAGAGAGAGAGGGAGGGGAAAAAAAGGCAAGUUUGGCAAGUGGAGGAGUGAAGGGGGAGACAGAUGGCAUGAAGUCUGCGGCUCUCUGGCGCUGGGCUCAUGGCGCUAAAAUCCUCCCUCUCACACAUUCCAACAAAUCCAACCAGGAGGCUCAGGAGUGUGUUCCACCGCUCUCGCAACGAAGCAUCUGACAAAGAUAAGAACGCUAACACAUACACUCUCUCUCUCUCUCUCUCUCUCUCUCUCUCUCUCUCUCUCACAGUCAGUAAGCUAUAACCCAUCCACAAGUUUACAUUUUUAUUAGCGUGUAUGUGGCCCAUAGCUGGCUUUAUUGGCUUGUUAAGAUAGGAGGCUCUGGGGGUUCAGGGUGGAGAGCAGUGGCCCACCGUAGGUAACAUGAUGGUGGCAAAAAAAACACAGUAAGUGCUACUCAAGUGUAAAAUCUUAUUGAAUAAACACCAGGCCAAAGCAUGCAGGCAAAAACUUUGCAAUCCAUUUAUAUCAUAUUAAAAAAAAAACAUAAGGUGUUUUCUGUUUAGUCUCACUAGCCUCAACAUUAGCCUUUAGUCCUGAAAAGAGAUUCUAAAAGCCAGGAAUAAAGUAAAAAGCCUUUUACUUUAUUUAUCUUACUGUUCUGAUUUAAAUGUUUCUGUGCAUGUAUCUAUAGAAGUCCAAUGAAUUGAAAAUGAGGGUGCUUAAAGAGUUAGAACCACUAAAAUCCCACUUUAGGUUUCCUAAAGAACCUUUCAAUGAAUGAUUCUUUAAAGAACUUUUCUGAUAAAUGAGAUGAAGUCAUAAUGUCAAGGUUCUACAUCUUCUGAGCCGCUUAUCCUUCUGGGUCUUGGGUGGGCUGGAGCCUAUCCCAGCUCACUGGGUGGAAGGCUGGUGAAACAGCAGUAAAUCUGAAGAAUAAAUGUUUCCAUUUGGUACAGUUUGCAUGUGCCUCUCCUGUGUAAAUGCCUUUUAUAAAAAAAUGUUUAAGGUCCGAACCUUAUCUGAAAACUAUGUCUCGGGCAUCAGGAAGCACUUUGGGCGUCUGGUUCCUUUCAUCUCCUCUGUGAGCCAUUCUGACUUUGUAAGUUUCUCUGCAAUGCAACAUUACUUUGUUUAAACUUAAAGGAUUUCAUUAGUCAGAUUGUUUUAAAUUGGUUGAAUUUCUCUUUGCAGCGUUUCCUAGAACCAUAUGUCCAAGCCAAGAAGGAUUUAGAAGCCUUCAUUGUCUACGUCUUCACGCACAUAAAUACAAGAUAUUCCAGUCCCAAUCUCUGUGGUUGAUUGUCUCUAUGUGCUUUUCUCUGAUGCACUCUAUGUGUUUCAUUAAGCCUAAAUGUGCUGCUAAUAGCUGUUGACAUAUAAAAGGGCCAUGCCUUCCUCCUGUCAUCCAGAUGUGAGAGACACAUGUGAGGCUUUUUUUUUGCAAGGGAAGAUCUUGAUAGCAGAUAAGAAUUAAUAUACCUUUGAUUGCGCUCUGCAGUAAUAUGCCAUUGAUUCCUGAAAGCGUAUUUAUCGAAAGCACAGGAUCAGCCACACAUGACUCUUGUCAGAUGUGCCAAAUAACGCAUGAAAUGCUUCAGCAGCGCUGCCUCCGACCUCCGGGGGCUUGGUGCUCCCGUGUGACACACUGGCUGGGUGCGCUUAACACACGCACACUCUCACACUCUCCGGAUGGAUGGCUGCGCUCAGCCUUCUGUUUGUGCUGCCAUACUAAUGAAUGACUCAGCUGGGAAUAUGUAAUACUGUUAAAAGGUCACCAGAGGCAUGUGUAUCACAUUACUGUUAAUGAUAAUAAAAAGAACAAU